UUAAAUUGUCUGUCGCUCACAGCGAGGCGUUUUCAUUGGCCGCUUAAACUUCUACUUUAUUUAUUUAUUGAGCGCCUUUCGUACAAGAACUUAGUGGGCUUUCUGAGGGACUGAACUCUUGAAACUCUGAACCUGUACAACCUGUCCUGCGGAGAGCCAUGGAUAAGCCAUUUGAAAAUGAAAAAGUAGAAACAUUUAAAAAAAUGCUGCAAACCGACGGAGCUGCUGCAACAGCUGCAAAGAUCCAGAGUUAUUUGAAAGAGCAGAAUGAUAUUCCAGUAAACAUCGGCAUCACAGGAGAGAGUGGCUCUGGUAAAUCCACCUUUGUUAAUGCCUUUAGAGGCGUAGACAACAAGGAUGAGAGUGCCGCUCCUACCGGUUGUGUAGAAACCACCGCGGAGGUUAAAGCAUACCCCCAUCCAAACUAUCCCAAUGUUACACUUUGGGAUCUUCCUGGUAUUGGCACUACCAAUUUUCCAGCUCACCAGUAUCUGAAGCAUGUUGGAUUUGAAAGAUUUGACUUCUUCAUCAUCAUCUCAGCUGAUCGCUUCAGAGAAAAUGAUGUGAAACUCGCUAAGGAGAUUCAGAAGAUGGAGAAAAAGUUCUACUUUGUUCGCUCAAAGAUUGACAACAACAUGCGUGAUGAGGAAAGAAGUCACAAGGACUUCAACGCAGAAAAGACUCUGCAAAGAAUCAAGCAAAACUGUGUUCAAGGUCUGGAAAAAGAAGGUUUUAAGUCUCCACAAGUCUUCCUGAUGUCCAGCGUUGAUCUCCACCUGUAUGAUUUCCAUCUGCUAGAGGAGACGCUGGAGAGAGAACUUCCUGCACACAAGAGGCAUGCUCUUCUGAUGGCCCUGCCCAAUGUUAAUCUUGGGAUCAUCAACAAGAAGAAGGAGGCUCUCCAGGCAAACAUACCGUUAAUUGCCUUAACAUCUGCAUUAAUUGCAGCUGUACCAGUUCCUCUGCUCUCUUGUGCUGUUGAUGUGCUCAUGCUGGUUAAAGCCACCACAGAGUACAAAGUUACUUUUGGUCUUGAUAUUGAGUCACUGCAGAAUCUUGCUCUUAGUGCAGGUGUGCCUUUGGAGGAUCUGAGAGCGGUGAUGGAAUCACCUCUGGCUCUAGAAGAAAUAAACUACGAUCUUAUCUAUAACAUGCUGAACGUGCCUAUGUUUAAAGCAUCAACACCAGAGCAGAAAGUGGCAACAUUUCUUUCAUAUAUUCCAAUAAUUGGAAUCCCAGCAGCAAUGGCCCUCUCUUUUGAGUCCACCUCAAAAGCUCUCAAUCACUUUCUCAACAUGCUUGCUGAGGAUGCACAGAGAGUAUUUAGAAAGGCUCUGGGUUUGAACACCUCAGUGUGAAAUUGUAAAGUGAAUGGCAAAUUCUAAUCUUGUAUUCUAGCUGCACAUUGCAUCUGUUUUGCAGUUGAUCACUUCAUCCAAUGGGCUCCAUGAAGGUGUGAUUUACUCUUAUAUAAAUGCAGAUAUUAAUGGAAAAUCUCUUGUAGCUUUAAAGCACAUUAACACUUGACCUGAAUAUUAUCAGAUUUAUAUUAAAAACGGUAUAAUGCAAAGAUCUUUUGCUUUAUGAAGUGAUGCAUUUAUUAUUAUUAUUAUUAUUAUUAUUAUUAUUUUAAACCCUUUUCUAAACAUAGCUUGGCGUUCUUACACUUUGUGUUUCAUGAUGGUUUCAUAGUCUCUGUAUUCCUAAUAUACACGUAGUUAUCAGUAAGAGCCCUGUACCAUGUAUUGCUACUUACACAAAUAAAGGACAGAAUAUUAGAAA